GGUGAAACGGUAGUGGAUUAAUCGCGCCUGGCUGUCAYACAGACWWGAKAUGUUCCAUUUGAUACACAGAUUGAAGACUCCACUGUUGUCAUUUGGAGGAACGCGCACAAUAUCCCAACUYAUCAACAUGGAGAAGCCCUGCAUACUGGCCACUACCUUCGGAGCGCCUGGAGGCAUCUACAAAUGCUUUGCACCUGUUGUCGAGAAACACUUCACCAUUAUCCCAUACGAGACAUUCCCGCUAGACCAGAAGAACCUGUCAGAAAAGGUCAAAGCAGUAUUUGUAUGGACCGUUGCCCUGAAAGUUGACAGAGGUCUGAUGCAGUCUCUGCCUAACCUCGAGGUGGUGGUUAACGGAGGGGUGGGAGUGGACCAUCUGGACAUACCCAUGAUCAACAGCUUUGGGGUGAAGGUGUGCAACACCCCUCAUGUUGUUGACAACGCCACUGCCGACAUCGGGAUGGGUCUGAUGCUGGCGUCUGCAAGGAAGAUCGUCGAAGGUCACCAUUACUCCCUAACCCACAACAAUGAGGACUUGCCAGAGAGCUCCAUGGGUAUGGACGUCAGCGGGGCCACCCUGGGCAUCAUCGGUAUGGGGAGGAUAGGAUACAAGGUGGCCAGGAGGGCCCAGGCAUUUGAUAUGAAGAWCCUCUAUCAUAACAGGAACCGCAGGAAAGAGGAAGAGAGAGCAGUGGGGGCGAUGUACUGUGCCAACAUGGAGGAUCUGCUCCAGCAGUCAGACUUUGUGAUGGUGGUGGUGACCUGUCACCUGCCACCAGAAACUGAUCGGUGCAAGGAACUAGCCAUGAUGAAACCUACCAGCACUCUCAUCAACAUCAGUAGAGGCCUCGUUGUAGACCAAGAUGCGUUGGGGGAAGCCCUCCAGAAGAAAGUGAUCCGAGCCGCUGCACUGGAUGUGACUUACCCUGAACCCCUACCAAUAGGCCACCCCCUUGCUGCUCUUCCAAAUGUCAUCAUCCUGCCCCACAUAGGGACCCACUCCGUUGAGACGACGCAGAUAAUGGUGGAGAAGAUGGUGACCAACGCCCUGGCAGUACUAGGAGGGAACCAGCCUCCUGAUGAGGUCAAGGUGUAGGUCAGAGAAGUUUCCUCUAGGUACAGAUCUAGGAUCAGUUUCUAUUCCCACAAUCCUAACCUGAACCAUUAGUGGGCGAAAUGCAAAAUUUAAAACCAAAAUCGGCAUCUAGGGGCAACUUCACCCUAUUCCUCAGGAAUCACCCUGGACCCUCCAUGCCAGUUUUAACUAGCUGCCAUGCCUUAGAGCAGGGGUGUAAAACAUAUGGCCCCGGCACACGAGGGGGUCCAAUCCGGUCCAUGGGUGGUUUGAGUAGCCUCAAAUAUUUAGAAAACAUUCAUACAGUAUCUUGACUGUGUCCAACUCGCUAAUAAUCCCCGAAAUUAAAGCUACACAGUCAGGGAGCAAAUUUCUAAAAUGAUGGAUAAAGGACUAUUUUUGUCUCUCACAUUUUGACGGCAAGGAAAUACAACACACUUUCAGUGCGGCCCUCGGGGUGCCCCCCUUCCAGCAUUGGGGAACAUCCCGCGCCACGUCUAUUUCUAUGGGCACAAGCAAUGUUCAUGACACAAACU